GCUAGUGUCUGUCAGGGUGUGAGGAUGGCGGAACUGCGGGAGAUGCUGAACCGGGUGCAGGAGGUGGAAAGGCGUCUGUACGGGCGGAACGGGGUCGAGGCCAGGAAGGUGACAGAUGGGCUGCUGAAGGCUCAGAUGACACUUGGGAAUAUCGCAGGCAAGCGUGAGCGAGUCAAGACUCUGUAUAAGAAAAUUGAAGACCUGAUGAAGUACCUGGAGCCCCAGUACAUUGACAGAAUCGCCCUCCCCGAUGCCAUGAAGCUGGAGUUCAUCUUGGCAGAGGAGCAGUACAUCAUGACACAGGCGGAGCUGCUGGAGCAACUGCACAGUCUCACCUCUUAUCUGGACAGUGACCACAUCACAGCAGUUCCAGGCCAGGCCUCUCGGCUCCAGACUCUCUCCCAGAUCCACAUCAAGCAGCAGGAUCAGAGCGAGGAGAUCACAAGUGAAACAAAACGGCUGCUAGAGGAUUAUAACAAGAUGACUGUUCUCCUCUCCAAGCAGUUUGUACUGUGGGAUGAGACUCUGUCCCAGCUGGAAGCUGCCAAGCAACCCAACAACCUUCCUGAAUGAGCGCCGCCCUGCUGGUUAUAUCUGCUACUGCUGCACUAUAACCUAUAGACUGUCCUGUGGCACCUCCCCCUGCACAUGGCCCCGCCCCCGGGGAUACAGAGAGUCCACAUCCGACAGUGGUCUCUCUGAUUACAAGGGGCCCCCAGUUUUACAGGGUGGGAUCAGUAGAUGGGGUGCUGUAUGUAAAGCUUGGGGGUCACAUUACUAGUACUGACCCAGUCUGCAUAGAAUUCCAGUGCUGUGUGCCAGGGCCCCUAGCCUCCUUUUAGUCCAGCAGGGAAGUCUGGGAAAUGAAUAUCAUAUCAGAGGCCACACCCUGAACCCCCCUGCUUUAUUUAUUGAUAUUAUAAACCCCCUGUAAGUCAUUCAUAUGGAUAUGCUCAAUAAACUCCAUGUAACUACA